AUGCCGCCAGCAGACGCGGCAGGCGCAAAGAUACCAUGCCCGACACCACAACACCUCCAAACCGAGCUGGACGCCCUCGCGGCCGUGCUCGAGCCCGGCGAGAGCGAGGCGACAUGGGACAGGCUUGAGCGCGCCAUCAUCCGCUUUGCGGCAGUGACCCGCGGCGGAGCGUACAAGCACAUGGACGCCUACGUCGUCGGCGUCGGCAACAAGGGUGUCGGCCUCAAGAUUGUCGACUGUAUGCUCUCCGACCGUGGCCGCCUGUCUGGCGCCUCAACCGACCUCGUGCAGACGUUUGCCCCGCGCCUCUCGACCCACUUCCAGCCCCUCGUCCACCUCUACAUCCCCGUCCUCGUCCGCCUCCUCGCACGCCCCAACAAGGUCUACCUCAAGCGCGCAGAACGGUGUUUGGGCACCAUUGUCGCGCACUGUCCGCUCCCGCUCAUCCUGAUCUACCUCCGCACGGGGCUGGACGACAGGAGCGACGUGUGCAGGCGCUCGUGCGCGACCGCUAUCGAGCAAGCCGUCAACGAGUGGGACGCGAGCCGCUUCCACCAUGAAAAGGACCUCGAGAACCUCGAAACAUGUGUGCGCAAGAUGGGACGCGACAGGGAUGCCGAGGUUCGCAAGACGGCCAAGCGCGUCUGGGCGACGUUUAGCGAGACGUGGCCAGAGCGUGUAGACGACUUUACGGCGCCUCUCACACCAACCAUCAGGCGAUACCUCGACCUCCCAGCCCCCGGCGACGGCCCCAUUGCUCCAGCCAAGCCAAGGUCGAGGAUCGGUCUCGGCCCACCCAAACCCACUCACACACGGGCCCAGCCAUCGACCUCAACGGCCGACAAGGAACGUCCCACAGCCUCGGCCCUCACCUCUGGCCCACAGAGGACGCGCGCCGCCCGGAUGGAGCAACACCUCGACGUCGACGCACCGCCCCGUCCGCGCGUGCCGUCUGGCGCCAGCCGCGCAGUGGACCCACUCCCCAGCGGCCGUCUCACCCGUUCGAGCUCCACCACACACGGCAGCACGCUCUCGCACCAGUCGUCUGGCAGCAGCAUCGGCUCUACCGCGGCAGAGAGCAGGCGGAACCCAUUGUCAAAACCCAGUCGGUCCCAGGCUACCGCCCAGGCAUCGAGUUCGGCCACGGAUGUGCCGGUUCGUCGGUUCGCUCCGCCGCAGCGCAUCGUACGCCCCGCUGCCGACGUCGAUGACGAGCCGCGGCGGACGCGUGCUGCCGCCUCACAUGCCGAGCGUGCUGCGGCCCUCGGCAAGCUCGGUGGCGCAAAGCGUCAUCCCACGGCCACAAGCACGAGGUCCAUUACACCCACCCUCCCUCCUCCCACGACAGCCACCCGAACAUCUCCUCCUGAACCUGCUCCCUUCAUCAGUCCCAAAAAGGUUGCGACAUUACAGACCCCGCAACCUCGCUUGGCCAAGGCCAGCUCAGAGUCUCUGCGUUCAGAGGGCAGCUCGUCCGACCCGAACCGUCGCGUCUCGCUCGUCCGUGAACGCGUGCUGGACAUUGAGCGCGUCGCACAGGAGCUCGGCACGCCUGCUCGCCGCCUCUCGCUGAACCCCGAUCUCGCCUUGGCUGCCGGUAUCCCCAUUCCAUCCGACACGCCGCCAGCACGAGAUGGACAGAGAAGCGUCUACUCGCCGUCGUUGUCCAUGCUCUUGGGCAAGCACAAGAUCUCCACCGAUGGGGGUGACCUGACAUUGGCGGACCUGUCCAUGGACAAUGCCACCAUCGAGUCGCCCGUGCGGAUGUCGCCGUCGGGUCUUUCGCGGAGCCUCCAGAACACGCCCCACGUCGCCGACCUCGUCCAAAAGUUCUCCUCGCCUGGACCGGCCGGUACACCCUUACGCCGGAUCGCCUCCGAGUCGCUCGCCACGCCCACCGCGGCGUCCGCGCCCUCAGCAGCCUCGGCCUCGCCCACGCCAGUUGCCAACACGGUUCGCAGGAUCUCGCCGUUACCCAAGCGUUCCCCGCUCGGCGACGUUGCGGAGACGGACACGCCCGUCCGCCCCCUCAAGCGCAAGGGCUCGCACACGGACCUCGUCCUCGAGAGCGCGUUGCAAGCGGCCCAAGUGGCCAUCGAGACACCCAUCGCGCAGCAGGCUGCCCUCCCUGCGUUUGAGGAGCCCCUCAUCGCGUUUGGCGACUCGCCGCUGCGUCUCGCCGCGGACCGUGCGCCAUUUGUCUUCAAGGGCUCCCGCCUGCUCAGCCGCAUGAGUACGGUGCAUGACCUCAUGAGUCUCGAUCUCGGCGGCCUGGACACACCGGCAAAGCCCAAGGUGGAGGACGAGAUGAUUGCAGAGGAGGACGAGGACGAGGACGAGGACGAGGACGAGGCAGACGUGACCGUCAUCGCUGCCAAGCGCGACGACGCCGACGACUACCCCGCCGACCCGCUUCUCGAGGAGUUGCUGCAGGCCACUGCGCCGCCUGCGGCCGUCCCGGAGCCCCAGCCUCACGCCGAGCUCGAACAACCCCUGGUCGACACCGAGCCCGCCGAGCUUACCCCUGAGCCCAUCCCUGAGCCUGCGAUCGACAUCACCACGGUCCACGACGACCUUGUCCAGGUCGCUGCAGACCGCACGGUCGACAUGGGCGAGGAGGACAUGGACCUCAUCUCUGAGCCUCCGUCCGAGCCCCACAGGUCGCCGGCAGACAAGUCCAUUGCCAUGGACGAGGAAGAGGACAUUAUCGACGAGCCUGUUCCCGCCGAGAUCCAGGUCCUGGACCCUGUCGCGGAGCCGGAGCACGUCCACGUCCACGUGCCUGCACCGGCGCUGGUUGACAUUGACAUCGACGUUGCCGAGCCAGAGCCCGAGCUCGAACUCGUGCCCGUGUCGCCGCCGCACGUCGACGCGGUCCAGCUCGACGAGCCAGUUGUCGAGCGGGACGAGCCUGUCCCCGAGCCAGUCUCCGUCGUCCAGGAACACGACAGCCAGAUUGCCGACGACGAGCAACCUGCCACCGAGGAGGCGGAGGCAGAGGUCACGGCCGUGCUGGUGUCCGAGCCUUUGGUUGAGGUCGAGGGCGAGCAGGCUGCUCCUGAGCCAUCUGAGGAGCCUGUUGCGCAGCCCAUCAACGAGCCUGUCGACGAUCACAUCGCCGAGCCCAUUGAACCUGUCGAACCUGUCGAGCCUGUCGAGCCUGUCGAGGAGCGUGCUGGCGAGCCCGUCGAGGAACCCACCGACCGACCCGUCACUGUCGAGGCCUCCCACACACCGGUGCCUGCCAUCUCCGCCAUCGACCAGACCCCAGCCGAGACUGUCAUCAUGACUCCCGCAGACCCCGUUACCCUGCCCGAGACCCCCGCUCGCCAGCUCGCCGACGAGGUCGACAUGGACGCUACCCCUCUGGCCUCGACGCACAGCGUCAUGGAGCCCCAACCGACUCUUUCAGGCACGCACACCCCUGUUCCCGUCCACACUCCAACUGCCGAGCUCGAGAUCCCCUCCGAGUCUUCGUCAGCCGCUAGCAGUCGACCGGCCUCACGCACGUCGUCGCGUACAGGCGCCGCUCGCCGACCCCUGUCUGCUCCCAAGAGGCACAUUGACGGUCCCGUCGAGAAGAAGACGUUCCGCCCCGGCAUGACUCCAUCUGGUCCCGCAAGUCUCGGUCUUGGCCGAGCAAACUCCAAGGGAGCUCCUGCACCCGCUCGCCUCGCCACCAGGAGUGCCAGUGCCACCGUGCCUUCCGCUGCGGGUGCCACCCGUGCUCAGGCUGCAGCUGCGCACACAUCGGACUCGGCGCCGACUAGGUCGACUCGUGCCGUGUCUGCCUCUGGCCCUCCUCCGACUGAACCGCUCAAGGCGCCGUCAUUCGCCAAGCCCACGCACGCGAGCAAGGCGUCGUCCAGCCUGUUCAAGCCCACUGCAGCUACUGCUGCGCGUGCGGCUGCGGCCAAGGAGGCAAAGGAGAAGCGUGAGCGGCCCAAGACUCCGCAGGACGCUCCCACCUCGGCGGCGCCGGCGGCGCAGCCUGCACCAGCAGCAGCAUCAGCAGCAGCUCCUCGUCGUCCUCCUGGUGGCGCAUUUGGCUCCACGGCCGCCUCGCGUGCACGCGAGGCCGCACUGCCUCCUAUCAAGCGUCAACGUGUCCAGCGCACAGCGCCUGGCGAGACGUUUCGUCCCGGUCGUACAGGCGCGAACAAGUCCAAGGCCGCCGUUCUCGGCCAGGCGAGCUCGAGCGCCGCCGGAGCCGCGCGUCAGCCGAGGGCAGUGCGCGGCAAGCCUGCAGCGACUGGUGCAGUGGAGACGUUCCCGAUCCCUGGACCUGGUCUGCUGGCCCCCACGUCCGCCGCGGCCAAGGAGAACGCACCUGUUCAGUCUUCUGCCGGCCCCAGCGACCAGGGAAAAGCCCAGAGGGUGUCGACCGAGGAGAAGUCUAUGUCUCUGCCUAAGCAGACUCUGACUCUCGACACUCUCACCAUCCCCUCCUCUUCGUCAGUGGUCGACCUUACCGAGUCGCCCAUUGCGCGAACCCCGACCACCACGGCCUCGCUCCUCGCGUCCCCGUCCCCGUCCACCCCAUCCUUCCACCACCUGUCCCCAGCCAGCUCGCGCGUCACCUCGGCAUCGUACGCGACAAGCAGUGGCAUCUCGGACAUUUCCUUUGGCAGCACGUCCUCGUAUUCCGGGGCGCCCAACAUUAAACACAGUGCGAGCCCAUCCAAACUAAACUUGGCGCCGGCACGCCCGCUCGCGCCCGUGCUCACUCCGACGCACUCGGCGCAAGUCUCCAUUCCGUCCUCGCUCGGCAUCCAGCCCGUGGUCACUGAAUCGCCCGCGGUCGUGCACACGCGCCGCGUGAGCGGGAUUCCAGCGAGCCUGCAGAAGACGAUUGCCGAUGAGGCUGCCGCACGCCGUCUCUCUGCCAACGGCGCCACCUCGCCCUUGCUGCAGGCGCAGGCCCGGCGGCCAAAGUCGCCCAUGCCGCAGCUGUCGCGCCCCGAAUCGCCCACGACCACGACGCUCACGACGCCCACCGCGCGCCGCGUGUCCCCCGCAUCGGCUGCACCGGGUCUCACCGACGUCCACAGCGACGACGACGAGCCGCACCUCACGCCCAAGCCGCGGCCGGGACCCAUGACGCGCCGCCGUACCGCCGCAGCCAUGCGCGCGAGCGAGGCUGUCAAGGCUGAGAUGCCGGAGCACGCCCACGUCCACGCCCACCUGCCCGAGGACGGACCUGCCAGCGUCGCGCGGCACGACGUCAGCACACCGCCCGCCAAGGCCGCUGCGAGCCUGCUUGCGCGUCUGCAGGGUAUGGCAGGAGGAGGAGGAGGAGGAGGGGGAGCGGAGGAGCGGGGCGUGUUGAGCCCACGGGACGCCAACGGGCGAGUAUAA